GUUGAUCAUCGGGUGGUGUCGUAAUGGAGGGACAAAUUGAGAACUUGAUAAUGGAUACGAUUGAUAUAUUUACUUCAAUUCGAUGCACCUCCACCGAGCGCACAACCCAACUUGAGCGAUUAGAGCGUGGAUUGGGACAUUUUCUAUCAAAGGGUAAAACUAGUGCAUUAGACUUUGAAAACACUAUUAGGAAUCUCGGUAGCUCUCUAGAUAAACUUUUCGCGGUUUUGUUAGGACAUGUUAGAGUUUUCGCAUUGAACUCUUCAAAAGGUUUAUCAUCAGCAAGUUGUACAGAACUUUCACUUUGCUUGUCAUUGUUGCAGGUAUUGUCUCUCCUGAAUGCAGAUGCACAACGCAGUUUGUCAUCUAAACCUAGUAUAGACAUAUUACUGGAAGUCAUACAGAUGUCAGUUCUUACGACCAAACCGACAGACUUACAACCAGUUGUUGCUGCCGAUGCACUAGACGCUUUGUUAUGCGCUGUAGCAGGUUCUAGUGUGGCCAUACGCAGAUUGGAGAAUAUCAAAGGCUUAGAAUGUAUAGUUCGGGUACUCAGACGUAAGGGUGUUGAUCCAGCUGUCAGAGUGAAAUCCCUAGAGCUGCUUUACUUCUAUCUAUUACCAGAGAAGGAUACCCAAGUAGAAGACAAUAAAGAAGUUAGUGAUGAUGAGGAUGAUGGGAUGCUGUUAGAUGAUAAUAUUAUAAGCCGACCAAUUAACAAAGCGAUACAGAACAUUGGUCAAGUACCAUACUCACCAAAGUCACCACUUAAAAAGCACAAAUCGAGUUACAGCAUGGAUAGAACCCGUCGGUCAUCAUCUAAAUUGCGAUAUACAUCAUUUGCAAAUACACCGGCUGAAGUUAGUGAUAUUCAUAAGGUUAAACACACACGUUCACAAUCAGAUAUACGAAAUGAGAAUAUACCACCAGUACCACCAGUACCAGAGUUUAGACAGCAAUCAUCGCAAUUACCACUUCCGUUACCGAAAACGCCUGAAAAGAAGAGAAUAAUACCUUCGUCACAAUUAUCGCAGUCAUCUCAAACGCCGCAAGGAGGACGAACGCCUCGAACGCCACGUACGCCAAAGCUAAACGGAGAAGUAAGAAUACCGCCACCGAAUAGCCUUGAUAAUACCCGAACAGUUGAAGAGAAGAAAGCGAUACUGAGUAACUGGCUUGGGAACGUAGACGCACUAGUGAGAGGUAUGCAAGACGCGGGUGUCUGGACUAAUUAA